AAGUAAAUAUUAAUUGGUUACCACCAUUAAUUGAACCUAUUGCAUUAAAUUAUAAAACAAGUGUUUGUCCAUUUAUUGAUAUUAUUAAAUGGGAAACAUUUGCAUAUAUUGCACAAGAUGAAGGUGCUCGUGGUGCAUUUGAUUGGGGUAUGUUUUAUAAACGAUUACCGUUAUUACCUUCAAGUCAAGGAAAUGCAUCAGAACCAUUUGAUAAUCCAGUCAUGGCUGGUGGUCUUUUUGCAAUAAGUCAAAAAUGGUUUUGGGAAUUAGGUGGUUAUGAUGAAGGUCUUGAUGUAUGGGGUGGUGAACAAUAUGAAAUGUCAUUUAAAAUCUGGCAAUGUGGUGGACGUCUUGUUGAUGCACCAUGUUCAAGAGUUGGACAUAUCUAUCGACAAUUUAAUCCACAUGGAGGUUUUAGUUUUGGUGAUUAUUUAUCUCGAAAUCAUAAAAGAGUAGCAGUAGUUUGGAUGGAUGAAUAUGCAGAAUAUAUUUACAAACGAAAUCCACAAAUAAAAAAUGUAAAUGCAGGCGAUGUUACAAAACAAAAAGCAUUACGAGAAAAACUUCAAUGUAAAUCAUUUAAAUGGUUUAUGGAAAAAGUUGCAUUUGAUUUACCGGAAUAUUAUCCACCAAUUCCAUUACCUCCAUUUGCUCAAGGAGAAAUUCGAAGUAUGGCUGCUUCUUUAUGUAUAGAUACAAAACAUGGAGGAGAACAAGCAACAUUUGGUCUUGAACAAUGUCUCAAAGAUCAACCGGAAAAAAAUGGUGAACAAGAAUUUGAAUUGAGUUGGCGACAAGAUAUUCGAGUAAAAAAUCGUGACUUUUGCUUUGAUGUACCUAACAGAGAAAAGCGUGCACCAGUUAUACUAUAUAAAUGUCAUAAUAUGCGUGGUAAUCAACAUUUUGUUUACGAUGUAUCUAAUUUUCAUAUUUUACAUGUUGCAACACAUUUGUGUUUGGGUUGUGAUAUAGAUAGUAAAAUGAUUUUUAUGGAAGAAUGUGACGCAGAACGUAAGACUCAAAAAUGGAAAUUUGCUUCAUACAAUCAAACAUUAAUUCUCAAGGAAAUGAAUAAGUUUUUUUAA